AAGUUGUCUUCAACAAGUAGAGACAAAAAAUUGGUUCAGUUGAGCCCCUUAUAAAAGCCUCUUCUUACAUGUACCAUUUGCCCACUGAAAUUUCGUCAACUCUUACCUAGCCUCUUUUCAAGCUUUUUUUUUUUUUAUAGUUAAUUAAUUUCUCCAAACCCAUUAUUUUGGAUUUUGAAUUGUUCCCUCCGGCUACCACACGCUAUUCGUUGCCUCAGUCUUUGUUAAAACACAGAUAAAGGCAACUGCACAUAUGAAUAUUAGAGCAAUGGUGCAACGGACCCAGGAGGUGUUUAUACUUGUGUAUCUGACCUUAUUCUCCAAGGCAACUGGUUUGAAGCCUUACCCUAAGCCAAGCCUGCCACAAGUUGAGGGUGCUGCGUUUUGUUUGAGUUGGAGACUGGCUGUGGAGACCGACAAUGUGCGUGCAUGGCGCACAGUGCCAACUCAGUGCCUGCGCUACAUUGAAACCUACAUGAUCGGAGGGCAGUACGACCGGGACGUCGAUUUCCUCAUUGGCCAGAUUCUGAGUUAUGUAAAUGGCAUAGCUCUUUCCGGUGAUGGCAUGGACGCUUGGAUUUUGGACGUGGAUGACACUUGCAUCUCCAAUGUCUUCUACUACAAGAGCAAGAGAUACGGGUGUGAUCCCUAUGACCCAUCUGGGUUCAAGGCAUGGGCAAUGACUGGAGGGUGUCCGGCAAUUCCUGGUAUGCUAGGACUGUUUAGCAAGCUGGUGAGUAGUGGUUUUAAGGUGUUCAUGGUCACAGGAAGAGAUGAAGAAACCCUUGGACAAGUCACUACUGAAAACCUGCAUAAUCAGGGAUUUGUGGGUUAUGAACGGCUGAUUUUGAGGACUGCAGCUUACAAAGGGCAAGGUGCAGUUGCGUACAAAUCAAACAUUCGGAAGCAAUUGGCAGAAGAAGGUUACAAGAUUUGGGGAAAUGUAGGAGACCAGUGGAGUGAUCUACAGGGAGAUUUUGUGGGGAACCGCACCUUUAAGCUUCCAAACCCCAUGUAUUUUGUUCCUUGAUUUACAAAACAUCCAAAUUAUCAGAACUGUAUCAUAAAUAUUUGCAUGCCUUAUUUGGAGUUAAUCGGUGGAGGCCUUGUUACUUUUA